UCAAAGAAUGACAUUGAUGUAAGCAACACUGACAUUCAACUUCAAGUAUCAAGAGCCUUGAUCCAGAGCUAUUCUAGAUCUAGAUCUAAACCUAAAGACUAGACUAGCAUUAGUCUAGUACUGUAGUUUAGAUAUAGAUUCUAGAUAUAUCUAGAAUCCAUUUAUUUUAAUAGACAUGGGACAAAUCUACUCAGUUAUUGCGCGUCCUUUUCGAAAUUUCAAUAUCGAAAACCGUGCUUUCAAGGUUCUUGAAAAAAGAAAAACUGAACCACACUCUGCUCCCAAACAUCCAACAACUGUUAAAAUUUUAUCCCGUGUGAGAGAAGAGAAUCCAGAGCUGUUCAAGAAGGAAGAUGUAAAGCAUGAACAGUUAAAUGAAAACUUGAAGAAAGUCUUUGUGGAAUCAAAAGAUCCCAUUGCUCAGCCUUCAACUGAAAAAAAAUCCCUUCCAAUAUCCAGACAUCCUUUUGAAGAUUCAGAGCUAGGUGUGAUGGAUGUUGAUUAUCUCAUCCCAGAAGGCAAAGCCACUCUUCGAACAGUUUUUAACUUUCUGGGACAGCAUCGGCUUAACCCUGAGCAGGUCACUGCAUCCAGCAUAGCCGCUGAACACAAACUUGACUUGGCCAAAGUGGAACAUGUUCUUAAUCACUUUAAGAUAUUUAACUUGUACAUACCUGACGAGAUGAUGAAGACGUCGAGCAUGAGAAAAGCCGUGCAGCAGCAGUUAGAAAUGGCAAAGUCUCAUCCAGGGUUCAUUCAUGUUCCAGGUGUUCCUAAGCUUGCAGAGGCAAUAGACGACAAAGCACAAACUCUAAACAGUAAUACAAGUGAAUCACUGAACACUUCUGGCACCAAAACAUAACAAUAGUUGUUUUUUAUUACUGAGAUCUGUUUAUAUAUAGAUAUUAACAUAUACAGUGGGCCUUCACUGCAUUCACUAAAUUCACUGUUUAGUCCAGGAGUCAACAAAAAUUUUUUAGACUUCAUCCUUUUUAAUGCUCCCAACACAUUUUGAGCUUGUGUAGUCAAAACUCCUGAGAACAAUCUGUUACUUGGGCACUGAGAUGAAACACAAAGGCUAUGUUUAAAAGUUUUUUGUUUUCAAGUAUUUUUUUUAAAUGGAUAAACAUCUUUUUGAAGUAAUUCUUUAAUGCUCCUUCCAUUCACUCCUUAUUCACAUCUUCUUCUAACCUGCUAUUGCCGAUGAACUUUAGCGUCUUGACUUUACCACGGAGAAAGUAAUAUGCUAUUCUUAUCAGCUUUUCUAUACUGAUGUACAGCCUGUUAGUUAUACAGUGUUGUUUAGAUAAUAGGGUCUCGCUGUGGUGGAUUAAGUUGGGACAUUCUAAAUAGAAAUAUCUGGAACUUUGGGUGUGUGGAAUUUAUUUUAUUUAGAUGGAAAUUCAAAGUAGUUUGACCUAUUAUAAGUAUGCUUUUAAUAAACUCAAAUCUACAUGUGGCUUGCAACUAAAGAUCUAGAUCGGUUAAACAAGCUACAUUGAGGUUGAAUGUACUUACACGGCUGUCAGUUUUUAUGUAUUUAAUUGUUAUUGUUUUCUAUAGACAUAUUUUUUUUUUUGCUUAACUUUAUAUAAUACUAAUCAUAUUUAUGUAACUUGAAUUGCAAGCAAGUCAACAAAGAUGAGAAUGUGUAUUCAUAGUGAAAAUAGGGCAAUUAAACAAAUACAUACUCAAAAUUAUUUUUUUUAAGUCAUGAGGUCAAGUCAGCCAUUACUAUUUAAUCUGCAGUUCAUUAUUUCUACUUGUCUUGGACUCAUGCACCUCCACAAUUACUACACUAACUGCAACGCAACUUCUCAGUGUUGCCUCACAUAGAUCUAGAUCUUCUGCCUCACUGCAGUUCCACAAACAAGUCUCCCUAUCCCUAGGAAUUUCCCUAAAAUGUCUGCUUUCCUCAGUUCCUACACUACAAAAGUCCUCAGUGGCGACUACCUCAUUACAGAGGGGAAAAAAAAGCGAGAAAAGUGCCUUAUAAGUAUGCGCUUCAGUUUUGCAGGAUUUACAUUUCAUAAAAAAUAAUGUCUCACCCAUUGCGAAUUUUGUGCCAGUGUGCACCGUAAAUAUUGGUGCAAGAGCAGGUAACAAGGUUAUAUGACUUCUGCUUAAUCUCUCCACUGAAUAGUUAGUUCAUUGAGUUCUUUAAUUUACUACAAUGCUUAAAGCAUACUCCUGUUUCUAUACUGUUGAAUAGUAUUGUACAAGACAGCAAUUACUUCACACUAGUAACACACCCUUUGGAGUUUGAAAUGUGAUUGCAUUAGUGAAGUUCCACUGUAUAUAUUUUAACAAAUUUAGUAACGUUGAAUGUCAUGAAAUAUUUUUGUUUUAAAGUUUGUACUAUACAAUAAUAACUUAUCGUAUAGUGAAAAAUUACAUCUCAGUUUUACAAAGCAUAGCAGAAUUGUGACACACAUUUACAUUAUUACUAAGAGUUGGGUUUAGAUUUUGGCUGGGAUUAGAAGGAUAUCAAAGUGAAAUUGUUCCUGUGUAUGUGAUUUAGAAGUUUUGUUCUAUUUAUUGAUUUAAAAAAACAUCUUUGAAUGACAUUAUAGAUGCACUCUUUGCUGUGAAUAACAUUGUAAGAGUGUAGUUAGGUUUGCAGAUUUUAUCUCAGUAACUAUAACUUUCUAGUAAACAUUUUUCUCUUGAUCUACAUGCAAGAUGUGCCAAACUCAUGGCUAACUUCGAAAUACCCGGUAAGUCGACAGCCUCAACAUUUUCUUCUUAUAACCCAGUUUUACUUGGUCAUUGAUUCUUGUUAGUUUAAACCUAGUUAGUGUUUGCAUAGAAAAUAUGAGCAAAUAAUUGUCAUUCAACUACUGAAUCAUGAUUUAUACACAUAUUUUUACUUACACCAAGGUGUUAUUAUUUAUUAACAUGAAGUUUUGUUCAAAGUUUGAUGUCAUGUUGAUGAAAUAAAUUUGAUUGUAAUAACAAAACU